UUCCGGCGAGACUGUCAUUAAUCUUGACGAUGCCAAUACCGUCAUCACUCUCAAUCCGGCCUCUCAACUUCCCACCAAGCUCACCGGUGAUAAUUUUCCCACCUGGCGCGCUCAACUCACCACUCUCAUGCGCGGCCUUGAUCUCCUCAAGUUCUUGGAUGGAACUUUUUCUGAGCCGGCCGCCACUGGUAUCGCCAGGAUCAGUUAAUUCUUCACUCCAUUUUAGCUUCGAUGUCACCAGGGGUUGCUCCUUAUGUGUCUGCCGCUACGUCCUCACGCCAGGCGUGGACGAUUCUCGAGCGGAUGUUUGCGAGUCAAUCUCGCCAGCGCAUUAUUAGUCUUAAGGAGAAGAUGGGUCGUGAGCGUCAGGGCACUCGCACCGUUGCUGUUUAUCUCCAGGCACAGCGCACAACGGCGGCCGAGCUCGCCCUCAUCAAUGACCCGGUCUCCGACAAGGACCUUAUUCUACAUAUCCUUCGCGGUCUUCGUGAAGAAUUUGGUCAGCUUAGGAACCAAUCAAGAAAAUAAUACAAUCAAGAUCGAAAACCAAUCCCUUAACAACGGUUAGGAACCAAAAGAAAAUGCUUUCUUCGCUAUAUGAUGAGCCACCAUAUUGUUUUCACUGUCAACAGAUCAAAAUCGGAGACUCGAUAUCGACGUCUGCCACAGCCUGACUGACUUAUAGUGCCUCGACGAGCAACAACACAAUCACCAACACGCAGCUUAUCAGUGACCCGCUUUGCAUCCCUACCUCUCAGCACCUAUGUCAAUCCGAACGAACCGCACCGGCCGGGUUAUUAGCAUAUAAACUAUUUAUUUGUUACUUCCAAAAAAUAUAAUACAAAUACCAAUAAAUCAUUUGUAAAUGAAUGGAAUAUCUAAGU